GUAUUCUUUUUUGUAACCUGUGUCUGUAUAGCUUGGUACGCUUGAAUAACGCUGCUCUAACCUACCAACAGAAAGAGAGAGAGGGUAUUAUGACCCUGUUGUUCUCCAACAAUAUCCACAGUGUUUGAGGCCUCCCAGCACCAUUUGACUCUCAGUUGCUCUCUGAUCAGCCUCACAGUGGUUUUGUUGCAAUCUGGAUUUCCUCCAAUAUUUUGGGACACUAAAGCUAAGGCUUGAUCUCAAAGUCAACUGAAGACAAUGGCCCAUCUAGAGGGUUUGAGGGCCGACUCCUCUCAAUUCACUCUGAGGGGGCAGCCCUUCCGCAUCCUGGGAGGCUCCAUCCAUUACUUCCGCGUGCCCAGACCCUACUGGAAGGAUCGACUGCUGAAGAUGAAGGCCUGUGGACUCAAUACUCUUACAACAUAUGUACCAUGGAAUCUGCAUGAACCCGAGAGGGGAGCAUUUAACUUUCAAGAUCAGCUAGAUCUCAGAGCGUAUGUGAGCUUAGCAGCAGAGAUAGGUUUCUGGGUGAUCCUACGGCCUGGACCGUACAUCUGUGCUGAGUGGGACUUGGGUGGCCUUCCAAGCUGGUUGCUACAAGAUAAAGAUAUGCAGUUAAGGACAACCUACCCUGGAUUUGUAAAUGCUGUCAAUGUGUAUUUUGACAAACUUGUCUCAGUUAUACAACCCCUGAUGUUUGAAAAUGGAGGACCAGUCAUUGCUCUCCAACUUGAGAACGAGUAUGGCUCAUAUGCUAAAGAUGAGGAGUAUAUGCCUUUCUUAAAGAAUUGCCUCCGAUCUAGAGGGAUCAAUGAGCUCCUAUUGACCUCUGACAACUGGGAAGGUUUGAGAUACAAAGGGAUGGAAGGAGUUCUAAAAACAAUAAAUCUUCAGAGGCUGUCAUUUGGAGCCAUUCAGCACUUAGCCUGCAUGCAGCCCCAGAAACCUCUACUGGUGAUGGAGUAUUGGUCUGGGUGGUUUGAUGUCUGGGGAGAGCAUCAUCAUGUCUUCCAUGCAGAAGACAUGCUGGGUGUGGUGUCUGAAAUUUUGGAGAGAGGAGUUUCUGUUAACCUUUACAUGUUUCAUGGUGGGACCAACUUUGGCUUCAUGAAUGGAGCAAUGGACUUUGGCGCUUACAAACCUCAGGUCACAAGUUAUGAUUACGAUGCUCCACUCUCUGAAGCUGGAGGCUACACUAAAAAAUAUGAAGUUCUGAGAGAUUUAUUCAGUCGGUACAACGCUGAGCCUCUUCCUGAAGUGCCUUCUCCUCAGGAGAGGAAGGCUUAUGAGACUGUGUCCACACAGCAGAAUUUGUCUCUGUGGGACAGCAUACAGUUCACAGAGAAGCCAUUCAGGUCAGAGAGGCCUAUAAACAUGGAGAACCUCCCAGUGAACAACAACAGUGGUCAGUCGUAUGGUUACACGCUGUAUGAAACCAGCAUCAGCAGUGGAGGAGCUCUGAACUCUGGGAACAACAUCAGAGACAGAGCACUGGUUUUCUUGGACAAACAAUAUGUAGGAUGUUUGGACUACAAGACUCAUGAAAUCAUGCUGCCUGAUGCUGAGAGAGAGAGGACUUUGACUUUUCUUGUUGAAAACUGCGGACGAGUGAAUUAUGGUAAAGCUCUUGACAACCAACGCAAAGGUAUUGUGGGGGACAUUGUUCUAAAUGAUACAUGCAUAAGUGGAUUCAACAUAUUCUGUUUAGAUCUGAAGCCAAGCUUUAUAAAAAGAUUGUUGAGCACGGCACAGUGGAAAACCGAUUUCAAGUCACCACCAGUGCCAGGAUUUUUUAUGGCCAAACUCAUUGUGGAUGAUCCUCCAAAAGACACCUUCAUCAAACUCCCUGAUUGGGGGAAAGGAGUUGUGUUUGUCAAUGGCCAGAACCUGGGCCGUUAUUGGUGCAUCGGUCCGCAGCAUUUCCUUUAUCUCCCAGGUCCUUAUCUCAGAAGUGGAGAAAAUCAGAUUAUCGUUUUCGAAGAAGAAAAAGUUGGUGGCAAAAUUCUGUUUUCUGAAAAUCCUGAAUAUGGAAAAACUAUUGAUGUUUACAAACUUCCCUUUUGCAGUUUGCUGUAACAACUGUACACAGAUAACUCUUUGCCACGGUAGAUCUACAGAAACUAAUGUAUUAAUCAUUAGUACCGAAACUGAAUAUGAGCAGUAUAAAUCAGUUAAACACUUUAGUUAUGUUUCUUUUUGCUAUUUUGCAGCAGUUUUUAUUAAUUAUAUUAAGGACUAAAUGCUUUUUCUAUUGAUUAUUUUUGUUUCAUAAACUGUAACAUUUUGCAGCAUAUACUGUUCAAUGCAGUGUUCUUGU